AUGCUUGAUCUUGUAGAAGCUCCAUCUGUAGGUAGCAUCAGCAACUUAGAGGCAACUCCAUCUGGGCCCAAUCAGUUGCGUGUUACCUGGAAUCGGGUUCCUGGAGCCACGGGCUAUAAAGUGAAAUGGCGAUUGAGAGAGGGUCAAGAGAUCUCUCGAGUCCUACCAGCUGAUAUAAACGCCUACACCAUUGAUGGUCUGAGGCCUGGAACUGUCUAUUUCAUUGAGGUUUCAGCCUUAGUUGGCAGCCGAGAAGGGAGAUCAGCUACCACCACAGUUACAACAGGCUUUGAGCCAGUGGGAACAGUCACCAGUCUCAGAGUCCUUGAGUCCAGGGGAAAUGUGGUACGCAUCUCUUGGGUUGGUGUCCCAGGUGCUACAGCAUAUCGAGUGGUGUGGAGCCAGCUUAGCGGUGGACCUGAGAGCAGCAAACUGGUCUUGGGAAAUGUUAAUUCCUUUGACUUAGAAAGCCUGGAAGGAGGAGUCAGCUACACUGUAAAAGUCACAGCACUGAUUGGGAAUCGUGAAGGAAAUCCCGUGUCUAUUACUGUCACAACACCGGCAAUCCCAGUUCAACCAGUUGGAAACCUACGUGUGACUGACUCCUCACAAACCCAUAUUCAACUAGAAUGGAGCCCAGCACGGGGGAGCACAGGCUAUCGGCUCACCUGGCGCCCUGCAGGUGGGCCUGAGAGGAGUCAGCUGUUGCCAGCCCAUAUUAACACCUAUGUCAUUGAAGAUCUGCAGCCAGGAGGGCGCUAUGACAUCCGCAUCACAAGUCUGACUGGCAACCGGGAGAGCGAAGCUGUGGCCAUUGUUGCCACCACUGCAGCUGUGGCCCGGGUGGCCAAUUUCCAGGUGUCAGAUACUCAAAAGGAUUCUAUAACGUUAUCCUGGACUCCAGUUCCUGGGGCUUCUGGCUAUUAUCUCACAUGGAAAUCUCCAAGAGAGGGAGAAGAGGCACAACGAACAUUGCCUGCAUCAGAAACAUCCCAUCAAGUGUCUGGGUUGAAUCUGGGGGAGCAAUACACCUUUAUGAUUCGCCCACUGUUUGGGAGUAUCUCCGGUGCUGGGGUUUCUAUUUCUGCCCAGACAGUCUGUCCAGAUGCCCAGCGUGAUGUCAUUUUUCUUAUACAUACAACUCAAGACAAAGCCUACAAUGCAGAGGCUGUGCAGAACUUCCUUUCCAACAUUAUAUCUACUCUUCGUCCAGGCCGUGAAACUACCCGGGUGGGCAUUGCGAUGUACAGCUACCGAGGCCUCCCUUUAUUCCUGCUUAAUCGUUCCAAUGAUUUAGCAACUGUCCUGCAGCACAUUCGCUCACUGCGCUAUGAGGAGCGUAGUGGCAAUGCCAUUGGAGCAGCCAUUAAUUUUGUGAAGAGCUACAUGCUGAGCCCCACUGCAGGGCGAAGACCUGGCGUUCCAGGAACCUUGGUGAUAUUGGCAGAUGGGUCAUCCAGUGAUGAUGCCACUGGGCCAGCCAGGGAAAUCAAAGCUGCUGGAAUCCAGAUUCUAGCAGUGGGGAUGGAAGGAGCCGAUCGUGAACAACUGCGUCGCCUUGUGACCAGUGAAGAAUCACGUAAUGUUUUCUUUGUGCGAGACUCAAACAGUCUGUCAGAGGCGGAAGUGGGGCUUGCCAAUGCCCUCUGCGGACCAUCCAUCGGGCCUAGACCAGAGGACUGUACUGUGCAGUGCCCUAAGGGUGAGAAGGGUGAGCCAGGUGAGCCUGGACAGAGAGGACAAGUGGGAAAUCCUGGCCCUUCUGGAAAUCCGGGACGCAAUGGGAUCCCAGGUCCUCCAGGUCCAGUGGGGCCUCGGGGUCCCCCAGGUGACACUAUUGAGAGGCGAGGUGAAAAAGGAGAGAGGGGAUUUUCAGGAGCAGAUGGCGCGCCAGGGAAUCCUGGUCGUCCUGGCAGCCCAGGUUCUCCUGGUCAGCCGGGCAGCCCUGGCCUUCCUGGUCUCAGAGGAAACCAAGGAGACCGUGGACUGACUGGCCCAAUUGGGCCAAGAGGAGAGAAAGGUGAGCCGGGGGAGCCUGGAAUACCAUUGAAUGGAGGAAGAGGACUUCCUGGCCUAAAGGGAGAGCCUGGAAAUCCAGGAAGCCCAGGAAUUCCAGGCCUCCGGGGUCUUAUAGGGAACCCUGGACUACCAGGACCUCGUGGGCCAGCAGGGCCUGCUGGCAUUUCUAUCAAGGGCGAGAAGGGCGACCGAGGUGAGCGAGGCCCUCCUGGAUCAGGUGAUGGGGGUGUGGUCAGAGGAGAACCUGGUGUUCCAGGUAUUCCUGGAGAUCCUGGGCCUAGGGGACCCCCUGGAACUCCAGGACAAAAAGGCGAUAAGGGAGAUGGAGAAGAAGGUUUUCCUGGACUUCCUGGACGUACUGGAGACCCUGGAGAUCGGGGCCCCAGAGGACCUCCAGGUGAACCUGGGAUCAAGGGAGACCGUGGACUGCCUGGUGCACUUGGGCCAUCAGGAGAGAAGGGAGACCGUGGAUUGCCUGGUCCUGAAGGAGAGAAGGGAGAACAAGGUCCUUCAGGCCGUCCUGGUCCACCUGGCAGAGAUGGCAUACAAGGACCAUCGGGGCCACGAGGAGAACAAGGAGAGAGAGGAGAACCUGGUAUACCCGGUCUGCCGGCAUCCAGCCUUUCUGGAAUUAAAGGAGACAAGGGAGAAAGAGGUCUUAUAGGACCUGAAGGUCCACCUGGACUUAAAGGAGAUGCUGGGGACAAAGGAGAACGUGGACCUCCUGGUCUUAGUGUCCCUGGCCCACCUGGCCCAAAAGGAGAACAAGGAGAAAAUGGAAUUACAGGACUGGCUGGCAAAACUGGCCCAAAGGGUGAUCCAGGAGAGCCAGGGGAGAGGGGAGAGUCAGGAAGAACAGGUCCCGCAGGACCAACUGGCCCACGAGGAAAAGAGGGUGAAAGAGGUGACAAAGGAGAGGAAGGAAUCCCUGGUGAACCAGGCUUGACUGGGAAACCUGGAGAAAAAGGUCCGCGGGGUCCUCCAGGCACUAGAGGCCUUCCUGGUGAGAAGGGAGACCAGGGUGACCCAGGUGAAGAUGGGAGAAAUGGCAGCCCUGGACCAUCAGGGUUGAAGGGUGAUCGAGGGAGUCCCGGAGAGCCAGGUCCUCCAGGCCAAACUGUUGGUGUGGGACCUGGAGAAGGAGGGCAAAAAGGUGAAAAGGGGGAGCCAGGAGACCCUGGAGAGGAUGGCAUGAAAGGAACAAAAGGAGAAGUUGGUUUACCUGGCCUACCAGGAGAGAGGGGAAUUGAAGGUCCCAGAGGGGUCCCUGGAGUUCGUGGUGACCCUGGAGACCGAGGCCCAGUAGGAGAGAAGGGGGAUCGAGGUCCUCCAGGCCUGGAUGGUCGGAAUGGCAUGGAUGGAAAACCUGGACAAAUAGGCCCUUUAGGCCAAAGAGGUGAUCCAGGAAAGCAGGGUGACCCUGGUCGAGAUGGCUUGCAAGGUCUUCGUGGAGAGCAAGGUCCUCCUGGAGCAAUUGGCCCACCGGGAUCUCCAGGACCGCCUGGCAAACCUGGUGAAGAUGGCAAACCUGGGCUGAAUGGGAGGAAUGGAGAAGAUGGGAUCUCGGGAGAAGAUGGGAGAAAGGGAGAGAAAGGUGAAUCUGGAACACCUGGCAAAGAAGGUCCCGAGGGUGUUAAAGGAGAGAGAGGAGCAAGUGGACCUCCAGGGCCUCCAGGACCAUCAGGUGUUCCCGGCAUGCCUGGACAAGUUGGUCCACCAGGCCAGAGCUUGCCCGGCCUCCCUGGAAUAUCAGGCCCCAAGGGAGACAGAGGAGAACCUGGAUUCAAAGGAGAGCAGGGGAGAAAUGGUGAACCUGGGCCACGUGGUGAACCUGGGACAGCAUCAAAUGUUGAACGUGCCCUAGAAGCACAUGGUAUUAAGAUUUCCCUACUUCGAGAGAUCACUGGUGCUUAUGACGGCAGCUCAGAUCAGCUACUACCUGUCCCUGACCGCCGGAGAGGACUGAAGGGUGAGAAAGGAGAGCCAGGAGACAGAGGGCCACCAGGGAAGGAGGGUCUCAUGGGCUUUCCUGGGGAAAGAGGAGCAAAAGGAGAUAAAGGGAAUGAAGGACCACAAGGACCACCAGGACAUGCCAUUGGAGAGCCCGGGCCAAGAGGAACCCCUGGCCAACCAGGGGAACCUGGGAAACCUGGAAUUCCAGGGCUGCCAGGCCGGGCAGGAGAACUUGGAGAAGCAGGGAGGCCUGGAGAGAAAGGCGACAGAGGUGAUCAAGGUGCAAAAGGAGAACUCGGUAGAGAUGGCCCACCAGGUCCUCCAGGCCCACCGGGACCCAAGGUAGAUUUAACAGUAGAAGGGAGCCUCUCUGGAAUUCUUGGGGAACGUGGACCUACAGGACCCAAGGGAAGCAAGGGAGACCCAGGAGAAGAUGGUGCAAAGGGCUCCAGAGGCGAUAAGGGUGAAGAUGGUCAAAAAGGGGACAGAGGUCAAGCUGGUGAAAAGGGCAGGGAUGGCACUCCAGGACUUCCAGGAGAGAGGGGCCUUCCUGGAUCAGAAGGAAAAGCGGGUUUACAGGGAAUUAGAGGGCCCCCUGGCCCAGCUGGAAAUCAAGGGGAUCCUGGACCACAAGGCCCUCCUGGUCCUAUUGGCCCACCUGGCACUCAAGGCUUACCUGGAAUAAAGGGAGAUGUAGGAGAACCUGGAUCCAGCACACGAGGUAUGCCAGGCCCUCCAGGAAUUGUGGGAUUCCCAGGACCAACGGGAUCUUCUGGGCCUGUGGGUCCACAGGGCCCUCCAGGGUUACCAGGACAUGUGGGUGAGCCAGGGAAACCAGGUGUACCAGGAAGAGAUGGAGUAUCUGGAAAAGAAGGGGAGCCUGGACUGCCUGGGAAAAUGGGUAUUCCAGGGCCUUCAGGACCUGCUGGUCCUAAAGGGGAGCCUGGAGAUGCUGGGUCCCCAGGACAGACUAUAGUAGGGCCUCCCGGAGUGAAAGGUGAGAAGGGUGAACCAGGUGAUUUUGAUGAGGAACUUCUGGAGAAGCCAGGUCUCAAGGGUGAUCGAGGCAUACCAGGUCCACGUGGAGAGAAAGGUAAUCUUGGAAGUCCGGGGAUUCCUGGAGAUCCUGGAGAAGAUGGAGCCAAAGGAUCACCUGGGAUCAAAGGAGAAAAGGGUUUAGCUGGAAUUGGCAUCCAGGGACCUCCGGGACAGGAUGGACCUCAAGGCUUAAAGGGAGAUCCUGGUUUACCUGGCCCACCAGGCCCACCUGGUUUGCCAGGUGCAGUUGGAACUCCUGGCCAGUCUGGUCCGAGAGGAGAAAAUGGAAUGACUGGCCAACCUGGACCUCCAGGAGAGAGGGGUUUGACUGGCUUCCCAGGGAGAGAUGGUACUGCAGGGUCACCAGGACCACCAGGACCUCCAGGGUCACCAGGUACUUCAGGCACUCCAGGAGUAAAGGGAGACAAGGGGGACACAGGUAUCGGACAACCAGGACCUAGAGGAGAACGAGGAGAUCCAGGAACUCGGGGUGAAGAUGGGCGCCCAGGUCUGGAGGGAGAUCGAGGGCCUGCUGGCCCUCCCGGAAACAGAGGGGAGAGAGGUGACAAAGGCGACAUUGGGCUUAUGGGGCUGAAAGGAGACAAAGGAGAUACUGUCGUUGUGGAAGGCCCACCAGGUCUCAGAGGGAACAAAGGAGAACCAGGAGAACGUGGUCUAAAAGGAAUGGAAGGGGAGAAGGGUGACAAAGGAGAUCACGGAAUCAUUGGAGAGAAGGGAGUGAAGGGUGAACCAGGUGAGAAAGGAUCCACAGGCUUCCCUGGUGCACGAGGACCCAGUGGGCAAAAGGGAGAAAUUGGUAAAUCAGGAGAACCAGGAGAGCCGGGUCAGUCUGGGAAGGAUGGUAUUCCUGGAACCAGAGGGGAGAAGGGAGAAAUGGGACCUAUUGGAAUGCGAGGCCCAAAGGGCGAUCGAGGAAUGAAAGGAGCCUGUGGCCAAGAUGGAGAUAAGGGUGAGAAGGGAGACCCGGGGUUAACUGGCCGAAUGGGCCUUACUGGAAGAAAGGGUGAUCCUGGAGAGAUUGGCAUGCCUGGGACACCAGGAAUCCCUGGGAAAGAAGGCCUCAUUGGUCCAAAGGGUGACAGAGGAUUUGACGGCCAGAAAGGAUCCAGAGGCGAUCAGGGAGAAAAGGGGGAAAGGGGUACUCCAGGGAUUAUAGGUUCCCCAGGACCUGUAGGAAAUGAUGGACCCCCUGGUCCUCCUGGUCCACCUGGCAACGUUGGCCCCAAAGGCCCAGAAGGAAUUCAAGGGCAGAAAGGUGAAAGAGGCCCUGCAGGUGAGAGAGUUGUAGGAGCUCCAGGACCACCAGGCACGACUGGAGAAAGGGGAGAACAGGGAAGUCCAGGGCUAGACGGCUUAAGGGGAGAAAAAGGAGUACCUGGCAUGACGGAAGAAGAGGUCCGACAAUUUGUCAGGCAAGAGAUGAGUCAACAUUGUGCUUGUGGAAGCCAAUUUUCUGUUUCUGAACGGCGUAAUCUCCCCAAUGAUCCAUCCAACCACCCAUACCCAUCUGUUAAAGCUCAAAUAAUCCCUGUGCUUAAACUGUCCCAUGCUGAAGAAGAGGAAGGGAGCCAGGAACAAAACAUAUUGAAAACAAGUAGGCCUGAAUAUGAGUAUAUUUACACAGAGGACGACUAUGAAGAGGGCCUGAUAGCAGACGGGACUGAGAGUCCUAUGUUGAGGGAUGCUGACCUGUGCACUUUGAGUCUGGAACAAGGCGACUGCAGCAAAUUCACCCUACAAUGGUAUUAUAACCAGAGAGUGUUGGAAUGUCGGCCCUUUAUCUACAGUGGCUGUGGAGGAAAUUCCAACCGCUUCAGCUCCAAAGAGGACUGUGAGUUUUACUGCAAGCCCCAGGCAGAUACAGUUAUUAGCACAGUGGAUAGAAACAAAACUGUAUAAAUGCUGAAGUGAGUUUGGAGAACUGAUGUACUGAAGAAAAGAAGAGUUGCAGCCAUUUGGACUCCCUGUCAUUUUUAUCAUGGAUAAGGUCUUAAAUAUACACCUGGCAGUGACCUGUGACUUGAGAAUCACCUUGCUGCCAUUUGUACUGCCUGCAACACAGUUGUUUGUGGGUGCAUAUGUCCAUAUGAGUGUAUAUGUAUGCGUAGAUUGUUUGUGUGUGGGCUGCUUCAGCUGGAGCAGAGAAAUGGUGCUAUUCUUUGUUUUUGUUUUUUAACAGUAGUUUUGUUGCUCUUGAUUUAUUAUUUUUUUAAAUUAAGGUGCUUUUUUAAUCAAGUGGGAAAUAUAUGCAUACCAUCUAUUAUGUAUAAUGUAAAGAAAAGACAUAUUUUUAAUUAGAGUUCUUUAACUUAUUUGAUACUGGCUAACUAAUGACACGUGGAAUGUAUUGUGGCCUGACCAAAUUCAGAUUCUGCCUGCAACUUGCAGGGUUAUAGAUCUAUAUAUUAUUCCUCUAGGAGUAGAUUAAUAAGAAGCUAAUUAGACAGGAUCACACAGGCUAAUCCUGAGAGCCUAAAAUGUCUUUCCAGUCAUAAAGAUACAAAAGUCUUCUGAUUCACAGGCACUGCUAGAGUUCUUUCUGUAAAUUUAUUUCAUUAUGAGCAGAAAUUAUUAAGGAGCUCUCCCUUAAACUGUUUUUUCAUAACUUAUAACUUUUUAUUGUUAACAAAUAAAGUUUGGGAAAUGCCAGGCUUUUUCUGAGCCUGAGGUGUCAAAAAUAAAAUUGUCACAGAAUGGAAUAUGUUUUCCCAAAGGAUUUCCUUUUCCCGGCCCUCAGUUUUCCAGGGCCUUUAGAGUACUAGAAUCCCUUAAUCUCUCGACUCUUGAACAAAAUAAUGUCAGCUGGUUGGAUUUAAUUCUGAAUUGCUUUGUGCCCAAACUCCAUGGAUUAAAAUGGUGGCAAGGCUGGCAAAAUUCAAAGUUGCAAAUGUUCAGAUAUUUUGUACUAUGAAAAAUAACUGAAAAAUAAAUUUGAAUAUUGAGAAAAAAAUCAUUGUCCAUUACCAGGAGCAGUAGAAGUUCAACUAUGUGACUAAGAAUUGUUUCAUCCGGUGAAUGUGCUUAAUAGUUUAGUAAAUUAAUUGAAGCUAAGGUAGAUCAUCAUAUCCAUUGACUGACAAAGAAUGCCAUAUGCCUUGGAGAAUUAUUUUUCAUGUCUUUUGAAAUACUUGGAGCUCUAGGACAACUACAGCUAUUCUAUAUAUGGCUGCACUAUAUAGUUAUAAAAAGGCAUUAUUGUUUCCCAUUUUUUUCCUUACAAUUGAACUUACUUUGAAUUGCCACUAUGUAGUCCUCGACUUAUGACCACGAUUGAAGCCAAAAUUUUUGUUGUGAGAUAUUUGUUAAGUGAAUUUUGCUCCAUUUUAUGACCUCUU